AUGGCUCAGCGAUCCCUGCGUGGAAUUUCCAGCACCCUCCACCCACCCGGGGCCGAGAGCGACCCCGGCCCUCUCCCGCCACCCCCAGCUGCGCCCCCGCCCCCGGGCGGCGCCCCCGGAGCCCCGCGGCGCGGGCGGCGGCUGACAAAGGCCGCGCGGCGGACGCGCCAUCUUGCCGGGCCCGCCGGGAGCCAUUCAUUCGGCGCGGGGCGCGGGAGCCCGGCCACCGCCCGCAGGCUGCGCACCCGCACGGGGGCUUCGGGCGGCCCCGCUCGGGCCCGGCGGCGACCGCGGGGCCGGGGCUCGCGCUCGCAGAGCGCUUUGUCCGCCCCGCGCGCCCUCGGCGCCGCUUCCUCAUUUCUCCGCCGCGGCGACGCCAGCCUCCCCGCGAGCAGCCGAAAGGCCGCUUUCCCCGCAGCUCGUCCUCCCGCGGCCAAGGACGGCGCCCACCGCGGGGCAGAGCCGCGACCGCCUUUGUUCCCUGGCCCGCCUGGCACCCCUCCUCCGGGCCACCUCCCAAGCGCGGGGCGCCGGACCCGGACCCCAAAUCCCGGAGCCUCCGGCCCCACCCCCACCGCGGACCCCAGGACCAGGACUGCAGGCCUGCACCCGGUACCCCAGACCAGAGCCCCGGACCUGGACUCCAAAUCCCGGGGCCCCAAUCCAGGCCCGAGCCCGGGACUUCGGUCUCGGUCCCGGCCGACGGCUGCAGGGUCCCCGCCGCCCCCGCCCCAGCCCCAGCCCCGCGGACCCCACCCGGGCGGGGCAGGAAGACGCGACCCGGAGGCCGGGUGGGGGCGGGGAGGGUGGGGGCGGGGCGGCCCGGGCGGGCGGGCGACUGGGGGGCGAUGGGGAGGGGCGGGGAUGAGGCCCGGGGUUGGGGGUCGGGGCCGGGGGUCUGCGCUGGGGCCGGGGCCGCGGUCGCCGCGCUCACCUCGACACCGCGUCCCGCCUGCCGCGCCCGCUCCCCGCCGCCUCAGCCGCCUCGGCCGCCGCUCCGGGAGAUGGUCGCGCUCAGGCCGCUCCGCGGGCGCUGCGGGCAGGUGCGCCGGCGAAGCUCGGUCUGUCGGUCCCGCGGCGGCUGCUCCACUCCCGCGCCCGCGCCCGCUCCCGCCGCCGCCGCCGCCUCCGUCCGCCCCUCAGACGCCUCCAGCCAUCGGGAUGGGCGCGGCGGCCCCUGCCCGCAGCCUCGGGAAACCCCACGGUCGCGUCACCGCGCACGCCGCGCGCGCACGCACCGCUCGACCGAGUCCCCGGCGCGCGCGCGCGCGCUUCGGCCCUGCGCCAGCCCCGCGCGCGUACGCGAGCCGCUUAAAGGGGCAGCGCCGCGCCCUCGGGGACCCGCUCCGGGAGCCUCCAAGGCAGGCCUGCCUCUCGCCCGCGCCGGGCUCCGCGCCUCAGGGGCUGGCCCGCGGGGCCCUGCGCUGGCACGCCCUGCAGUCCGGGGUCAGGGCCCCUCCUCGGAGGUGCCCGUGGGGCUCGUGUGAGCUGGACAGGUGUGAGCAGUGUGGCCUCGAUGGUCGAGGCCCUCCUGUCAGGAAUGGCCACCUGAGCAGGGAGCCUCCAGGGACUCCCAGGCAGCCGUCGAGGGUGCCCCAUGGGGCGGCCAGCGCUCCCGCCCCCAGCCCCAUUUCCUCUCCGGGCCUGGGCGGCGCCCUUGGCAGAGAGGCUGCGAUUGUUCUACGCUGGCGCUUCCCGCAGCAGCCCGCAGAAGGCCGGGCAGUCACCAGCCCGCAGGAGGCCGGGCAGUCACCAGCCCGCAGGAGGCCGGGCAGUCACCAGCCCGCAGGAGGCCGGGCAGUCACCAGCCCAGCCCUGGAGCGCAGCUGCCAGAAACGCCCUAGGCACAUCCUGGGCCGGGGCUGGGAGUGCUGA